AUGGGCCGAGACCCAAACAUAUGGUCAGAUCCAGAAAUGUUCAUGCCAGAGAGGUUUUUGGACGUGAAGAUUGACUAUAAAGGUCAAGAUUUCGAGCUUAUUCCAUUUGGUGCGGGAAGGAGGAUGUGUCCAGGAAGGAAUCUUGCUAGUAGAAUGUUACAUAUAAUAUUGGGAUCUUUGAUUCAUAAAUUUGAUUGGAAGGUUGUGGGAAAUAAGAGACCACAAGAGAUUGAUAUGGGAGAAAAGUUUGGGAUCACAUUGCAAAAGGCUGAACCACUCAGGGCUAUCCCUAUCAAACUAUGA